CCACCUCACUACUCUACUUCACUGGCAGCAGCGCCGCAGAGCCGCCAGUCCGAGUCCUCUGCUCACCGCGGACAGACGCGCAGCUCACGGAGCCCCGGUCACUGCGCGCGCCCCACGCCGCUCCGCGCGCGGCGGGAUGGUCCGGUUCUGGAGCCCUGAACGCUUUGGACUUGGCGCAGCGGGAUUUAGAGAAGCUGUCGCAUCGUGAGGAGGAUUUUUGCAGCUUUCUCUCCGGCUGAGGACGUCAGGAGUUUGAGAAUUGUUUUUGAAGUUUCCAUUUGGAAGGAGCGCAGCUGGACGCUCAAAGUCUGGUGACAUCUGCGGUCUGAGGCUCAGUCUGUCCGGACAUCUCGGUGAGAACAACUUCCCUUCAUUAAUGUCAGUGGUGGGGAGCUGUUCCUGCAGCGUUCGCGGCUGCCGUUCUGCUGGAGAGAAUGCAGAUGGAGGAUGCCGCCUGAGUUGGAGCCGGGCCUCUCUGCUCUGCGCCGCACCUCUCCGUCCAGAGGAAUGAGGGCUCUGCGGCCGUCCCUCUGGCUGUGUCUCCUCCUGCCUCUCUGUGUCACGCCGGCCAGGCUGCCCACCGCUGAGCCCACAGACUCUGCGUCCAGUGAAACGGCCUUCCUGGAGGAUGUGGUUCUGGGCCUGGGCGACCCGCUGGAAAUAUCAUGUGAAGUGGAAGACCCGUCGGAGCCCGUCACCUGGUUCAAAGACGAUGCUUGGCUGGUUCCAACCAACCGCACGCGGGUUAGCAACCGGAUGCUGCGCAUCAUCAACGUGUCGUACGAGGACUCUGGAGUUUACACGUGUCGGCACGCUCGCACCAACACACUGCUGAGCAACUACACCGUCAAGGUGACAGAUUCUCUGUCAUCUGGAGAUGAUGAAGACUAUGAUGAAGAUCCAGACGGUCCCAGCACUGGAAAAGCGACAGCGCCGUACUGGACCAAGCCUGACCGCAUGGACAAGAAGCUGCUGGCGGUCCCAGCGGCCAACACGGUCAAGUUCCGCUGCCCGGCCAAUGGAAACCCCGUCCCCACAAUCCACUGGCUGAAGAACGGCAAGGAGUUCAAGGGCGAGCAGAGGAUGGGGGGCAUCAAGCUGAGACACUCGCAGUGGAGCUUGGUGAUGGAGAGCGCUGUGCCGUCAGACCGAGGGAACUACACCUGCGUGGUGCAGAACAAGCACGGCACCAUCAGCCAGACUUACCAGCUGGAUGUUCUGGAGCGAUCGCCUCACAGGCCCAUCCUCCAGGCGGGCCUGCCGGCCAAUCAGACGGUGUUAGUGGGCGGCAAUGUGGAGUUUCACUGUAAGGUUUACAGCGACGCUCAGCCUCACAUCCAGUGGCUCAAACACAUCGAGGUGAACGGCAGCCGAUACGGCCCUGAUGGCAUUCCCUAUGUCAACAUCCUGAAGACGGCUGGUAUUAACACCACCGAUAAGGAGCUAGAGGUCCUCUUCUUGUCCAAUGUGUCUUUUGAGGAUGCGGGCGAGUACACUUGUCUGGCAGGGAACUCUAUCGGCUUUACUCACAACUCUGCUUGGCUGACGGUGCUUCCAGUUUCGAGCCCCAAGUUGGAAGACGAGUACGCCGACAUCCUGAUCUACGUGACCGGCUGUGUGCUCUUCAUCCUGGCUGUGGUUAUCGUCAUCCUCUGCCGGAUGAGGAUGACCACGCAGAAAACCGUCCCCACGCCGCCCGUGCAGAAACUCUCCAAGUUCCCCCUCAAGAGACAGCAGGUUUCCUUGGAUUCCAACUCCUCCAUGAACUCCAACACACCUCUGGUCCGGAUCGCCCGCCUGUCAUCCAGCGACGGGCCCAUGCUGGCCAACGUGUCAGAGCUGGAGCUGCCCUCUGACCCCAAGUGGGAGUUUCCUCGGACACGGCUGACUCUGGGCAAACCUCUAGGGGAGGGCUGCUUCGGUCAGGUAGUCAUGGCUGAGGCCAUCGGCAUCGAUAAGGAGAAGCCCAACAAGCCACUGACUGUUGCUGCAAAGAUGCUGAAAGAUGAUGCAACAGAUAAAGACCUGUCAGACCUGGUGUCAGAGAUGGAGAUGAUGAAGAUGAUAGGCAAGCACAAAAACAUCAUCAACCUGCUGGGAGCUUGUACGCAGGACGGUCCUCUAUACGUCCUGGUGGAGUUUGCCUCCAAAGGGAACCUGAGGGAGUACCUGCGAGCACGGCGGCCACCAGGCAUGGACUACUCCUUUGACACCUGCAAAAUUCCUGACGAGCAGCUCACCUUCAAAGACCUGGUGUCCUGCGCCUAUCAGGUGGCCAGAGGGAUGGAGUACCUGGCUUCACAGAAGUGUAUCCACAGAGACCUGGCAGCCAGAAACGUCCUGGUGACUGAAGACAACGUGAUGAAGAUCGCAGACUUUGGACUUGCCAGGGAUGUGCACAACAUAGACUACUACAAAAAGACCACAAACGGUCGUCUGCCCGUGAAAUGGAUGGCUCCAGAGGCUCUGUUCGACCGGGUCUACACGCACCAGAGCGAUGUGUGGUCUUAUGGGGUGUUGCUGUGGGAGAUCUUCACCCUGGGAGGUUCUCCGUACCCAGGAAUCCCAGUGGAGGAGCUCUUCAAGCUGCUGAAGGAGGGACAUCGGAUGGACAAACCGGCCAACUGCACGCAUGAGCUGUACAUGAUCAUGAGGGAGUGCUGGCAUGCUGUCCCCUCACAGAGGCCCACAUUCAGACAGCUGGUUGAAGAUCUAGACCGGAUUUUAUCAAUGACCUCCACAGAUGAGUACCUGGACCUGUCGGUGCCCUUUGAGCAGUAUUCUCCCACCUGUCAGGACUCCAACAGCACCUGCUCCUCUGGAGACGACUCGGUGUUUGCCCACGACCCGCUGCCCGACGAGCCCUGUCUUCCAAAGCAGCUGCCCAGCAACGGGGUGAUCAGGACAUAGCUCAGCUCAGGGGGGUUCUCGUCGCAGUUCCCCUCCUGAACUCCUGAAGGCGUGGAGAUCCAAACUCAGCAUGCAAUACUUCCACAGCUCUUCUGCUCGUCUUAAACUCUUUAAACGAGUGUUACUUCUUCCAGAAUUGAAGGAUUUUUUUCUUGCCAGUGAACCGUAAUCGUACUCUUUUCAGAAAAGAAAGUCUAUUUUUGUACUCGGGCCAGUCUUUUGUUACAGCGUGUGGGGAAACCAUUCCGUGCCUACUGGGAAUAAACCUCCAGACACUGAAGAGGAAGAGGGUGUGAGGAGGAAGUGAUGGGCAUUUCUGAGUGGACCUGCUUUUUAUUGACUCUUGUAUGCACAGAUCCUUCAGAUGGAAAAAACUCAGAAAGCAAACGGAUGCAGAAAACCAACAGAAUGACAAUGAAGCUCACUCCUGAAGAGAGGAUCGGCUUCAGCGUCGUCCAUCUUUCAUCACAUACAGCUUUGUUAGCAAAGCAGUUCAGGGCUGUUCACGAAACAAGGUUUCCAAGACUUUUCUAUGGGCUAUCUACAACGGGGUUUAGUGUAAAUAUAUCAUAGCAAAUAUGUAUCAUAUUGCUGUCCACAGCCAUGUACUUAAAAGUUAAAAAAUGUAAGAUAUUUGAGAAUGGAAGACACUGUCAUGACCUUGUAAAACAUGUAAUCAUUUAAAAGGUUUAUUUGAAUAAUUAACAUGUAUAUUUGUAAAGAUAUUUAUAGACUUAACAUGUGGUUUUUAAGUUUGAAAGGUCUAGUGUAGAAUUUUAGUACUGUACACACAGAUUUUUAUUUCAGCUUUUUGUAACUUAUUUUACCGCAGAACCUAUUGUCGCAGCUGGCGGACUCUUCCAGGUUGUGAUCCAUCUUUUUUUCUGUUCGUUUACAGUUUUAUAAAAUGUAGAAUGUAUGAGCGUCAGGAGGCGGGGCUUUGAGGGCGAGGGUGGCGUGAAAGGCCAGAGCAGGAUGUCUGAGCUGUGUGGGGAGCUGGAGGUUUCCUCUGAGCCCAAUUAACUCUUGCUGGGCAAGAAUUACAGCAGCUCUCUGUCUCCAACUCAUUUAUAUUCACAUGCCAAUCAGGUUUAUACAUCAGGAGAACCACAAAAACAUCCAUAUGUACACGAACUCUUCAGCACCUGAGCUACACCUGGCUGUGGGGUUCGUCUUAACGGUUCAUUUUGAACUCCAUUUCCCAGCAUUCUUUGCUGAAAGCAUCAGAUAAUGAGCUUUUGUUCAGGAAGGAUCUGAGCAUGAUUGUUAAAUUAAAUCAAACCUUUGCAAUGCAUUCUGGGAGUUAUUUGCUGAAUUCUUAGAAAAAUUAUUGUUCAGCUCUUUUCCACCAAACAGGAAUUUAGAAAGUCUACCAUUGAUGCCUAUCACCAACCAUGUUAUCUCAGCCUAAUGGGAUGGAACUGUGUCGCACAGACUCCUGGUGAUUUCUCCAUCUGCCCCUGACGAUGCUUCCAUGCAGAGGAUUACAGAAGAGGUUCCAGUUUGUAAAAUUCUUGUCAAUGAAGGUUUCAGUCCUUUCAUGUUUGAGGAUCACAAGGUCGAUGCUGAUAAGCAGCAUCAGUGCCCGUGCACAAACAUGGAAGAACGCCUCAGCUUUGAGGAGAGCAGAAAAUCCCAGUCCCAUUCAGUGCUGAAUCAAAGAGGCUGUCCAUGUGCUCGAGUGUUGGAUCCACCGAGUCGUGAAGUGAGAUCUCUGAUGUUCCAGACAAGCCUCUUGUAUGGAGUCGAAGCAGGAUCAGCUCAAAGUGAA